AUGAGACUCACUCGCCGCGUCGUCAGACUUCUACAAUUUGGGUUUCGCAGCUCGUCUCAUUUACCUUGCCAGCUCCGUUGGACGGGUCGGGAACUUAAAGCGCGAAGCGCUUUCACCCAUCUAGUUUAUCACAUAUCACUAUGUAUACUACAUCAACACAUAGCUCAAUGAUAUUGACAGCGUACUUGAAUCAUUG